GACACCGAGAGAGUGGUAACGUUGUUUUGUCCAUCUAAAAAAUUAAGUGUUAUUCCAUCAACUCGAGGACGAAAACAGAGGUAAAACUAAAACAUGGAUGACUUUGACGAUUCAGGGAGCUGGGAUGGUGAUCCCUAUGACCGAUCGUACGAUUCUCUACACGGAGAGGAUCAUGAGGGGGAGGGGGGCGAUGAGGAGGACAUGGCGGUACAACAGGAGUGUCUGGAGGCGUUUGGCAACAGGGACUACAUCAUGGAGCCUGGCAUCUUCAACAUGCUGCAGAGGUACUUCCAGCAUGGCGGAGCUCCAGAACAGGUCAUCGACCUCCUGUCUACCAACUACACAGCAGUGGCACAGAUGGUCAAUGUGCUGGCUGAGUGGCUCAUUCUAACAGGUAUGAAGCCAACAGAGGUACAAGACAUGGUGGAGGAUCACCUGAAGGAACUGGUACUGAAACACUUUGAUCCAAAGAAGGCUGAUACCAUUUUCUCUGAGGAAGGCGAGACUCCAGCCUGGCUGGAGGAAAUGAUUGCCCACCCCAAGUGGAGAUCACUCUUCUACAAAUUGGCGGAGGAUUACCCAGAAUGCCUCAUGCUCAACUUUACCAUCAAGCUCAUCUCAGACGCGGGGUACCAGGGAGAGAUCACCAGCGUGUCCACGGCCAGUCAGCAGGUGGAGGUGUUCUCCCGCGUACUGCGGACGUCUCUCACCAACCUGCUGGAGGGAGGGGAGGAGGGGCUGGAGAAAAACCUACCCGAGAUUAUUAAAAUGGUCUGCCAUGGAGAACACACCUAUCUGUAUAGCCAGGCCCUCCUGCAGUACCUCAAAGAAGAGGAAGGAGGCAGUGCUGUCAGAAGAAUCAGCCAGGAGCUUCAGAAAGCUGCCAAAGACCUGGGCCGUGAUGUUACAGAGAUGACUCUGGCCCUGGGAAAGGCCUCAUCUUACCCCCGAGCGUGCCAGGCGCUGGCCUGUAUGCUGUCCAGAAACGCACUCAACCCAGCAGACAUCACGGUGUUGUUCAAGAUGUACAGUGGGAAUAACCCUCCUCCUGUAGAAGUCAUCAGGUCACCCCUGUUCUUUGAGCUGUUCAUGCAAGCUUUGUUCAAGCCUGGGUCCAAACUCAACCCUGAACACAAACCCAAGUACAUCUAUCUGUUAGCCUAUGCUGCAAGUGUGCAUGAAACAUGGAAAAAGAACAAGAGAACAGCCAUUGCCAAGGAUGAGUUGAAGUCCACUUCUCAGGCAAUUGAACGUGCCACAAACCUGUGCUGUAAGGAAAGGUCUGAGGUGGUGGCAGAGUUAGGAACACUGUACUCCUGUAUCAGAGUACCAGUUGUAGCCAUGGGUGUUCUACGGUGGAUAGACUGGACCGUCUCUGAGCCCAGCUACUUCAAGCUGCUGACAGACCACACACCCAUCCACCUGGCACUGCUGGAUGAGAUCAGCACCUGUCAUCCUCUACUACAUCCACAUGUGCUCAAGUUUCUCAUCAGGCUGCUGGAGACAACCUACCCAGACUUGGAUGUUCUUGUACAGCUGGAGCUGAAAAAGACCCUGUUGGACAGGAUGGUCCAUCUGCUGAGCAGGGGGUAUGUGGUGCCCAUUAUUCAAUACAUCAAGGGCUGCAUCGACAGGGGUGACACGGACAUCUCUCUCAUCAGACACUUUGUUACAGAGGUGAUUGACAUCAUCGCCCCACCAUACUCCUCAGAGUUUGUCCAGCUGUUUCUACCCAUCAUAGAGAACGAGGCCAUCACAGGAAACCUGCGAACACCCGAUGAGUCCGACCCUGUCUCAGACUUCAUAGGACACUGCAGAUCCAACUUUGUAGUCAUGACAUGAUCUACUCACUGUCACAUAUUAGUGUCAAGGUGGACUUUGUCUUGCUG